AUGCCCAGUCCAUACGGCGAUAAAAGAACAGUGGCUAAGCUUGUCAGCGAGCUAGAAGAUGCAGAGAAACUUAAUUCUAGAGGUAGAGCUUACAGAAGAGUUUGCGAUCUAUCACAUAGCGAUAAGAAGGUAGUCUCUUGGAAAUUUAAUGAGUGGGACUACGGCAAAAACAAUAUAACGUUGCCCUGUAAAGCGAGAGGUUUAUUUAUUAGCGAUGAUGUAGAAAGUCCAGUUAUUGUUGCUAGAGGGUAUGAUAAAUUUUUUAACAUGGGCGAAGUAAGUUUCACCAAAUGGGAAUGGAUAGAAGAGAAUUGUAGAGGACCUUAUGAUGUAACAAUAAAGGCCAAUGGUUGUAUUAUUUUCAUUUCUGGCUUGGAGGAUGGCACAAUGGUAGUUUGUUCAAAACACUCUACUGGACCGAGAGAGGAUGUAGAUAGAAACCAUGCAGAGGCAGGCGAGAAACACCUUUUAAAGCAAUUGGCGGAAAUGAAUGUCGAUCCAAAAGAUUUUGCGAGAAUGCUAUACACAUACAACAUUACCGCAGUGGCAGAAUAUUGCGAUGACUCGUUCGAAGAGCACAUCUUGGAGUAUCCCCUUGAGAAGGCUGGUUUAUACUUGCAUGGUGUCAAUGUUAAUGAAGCGGAAUUUGAAACCUGGGAUAUGAAAGAUGUUUCUGAAUUGGCUUUGAAAUACGGAUUCAAGCGCAUACAGUCCUUUGACAUGAACACCAUAGAAGAUUUGAAGAAACUCUUUGACGAUUGCACUGCAAGCGGAUCUUUUAAAGGUCAAGAAAUUGAAGGGUUUGUUAUCAGAUGUCAUUUAAAAAGUAAUGGAAAACCAUUCUUCUUCAAAUAUAAGUUUGAAGAGCCAUAUUUGAUGUAUCGUCAAUGGAGAGAGGUUACUAAAGACUACAUUUCCAAUAAUUCAAGAGUAUUCAAAUUCAAAAAACAUAAAUUCAUAACCAACAAGUAUCUUGAUUUCGUGAUUCCAAUAUUGGAUUCAUCCCCCAAGAUUCGUGAAGAUUACAUGAAAGGAUUUAGGAUCAUUGAAUUAAGAACAAUGUUUUUGGAGUCGUAUGGUAUGAGUGGGUUAGAAAUUUUAAAUCAUGAAAAAGUGGCCGAAUUGGAAUUAAGAAAUGCCAUAGAUUAUGAUAAAGUGGACGAGCAUACAAAAUUUUUAAUUUUCCCCAUUUCAGUCAUUGGAUGUGGUAAAACAACGACCUCACAGACAUUAACGAAUCUGUUCCCUGAAACUUGGGGCCACAUUCAAAAUGAUGAUAUCACUGGUAAAGAUAAAUCACAACUAAUAAAAAAAUCAUUAGAACUACUAGCCAAAAAAGAAAUGAAAUGUGUCAUAGUUGAUAGAAAUAACCAUCAAUUCCGAGAAAGAAAGCAAUUAUUUGAAUGGUUAGAUGAACUAAAGGAAGAUUAUUUGGCAUAUGAUACGAACAUCAAGGUGAUUGGUAUAUCAUUCGYACCAUAUGACAAGUUAUCGAAAAUUAGAGACAUCACGAUGCAAAGAGUAAUCAAAAGAGGUAACAAUCACCAAAGUAUCAAACUGGAUGAACUGGGAGAGAAAAAAGUCAUUGGUAUCAUGAGUGGGUUUUUGAAAAGAUAUCAGCCGUUAAAUAUAGAUAAAUCACCCGAUAACAUGUUUGAUUUGAUGAUUGAAUUGGACUUCAAUGAGAUAGAUUCCUCUUUAACGAAUGUAAAACAAAUUCUGAAUGAAAUCCAUAGGGUGUACCCUAUCUUGAUGCCUGAGAUCCCAACUGAUGAUAAAAUUGAUGAAGCAUUUAGGAAGAGCUUAGAAUACAAACCGACAGUGAGAAAGAUAGUAGGUAAAGGCAACGGAAAUCAACAGAAAACACCUAAAUUGAUCAGACCUGUUUACAUUUCAGUUAAUGCAAGGGAACAUGAUGAAAUUAUUAAUUUGGUGAGACAGGGUGUUGCUAAUAAUAAAGAUUUGUCACAAAAAUUCGAAGGAUUACUCGCAAACGACAGACUUCAAAAGGACUUCCAUAUUACAUUGGGCCACGUAAUGUCGUCUCGUGAGAAGGAGGGGAAGAAGUUGUGGAAACUGUAUUUGACGAGAUACCAUGAUCAAAUAACAGAAUACAACAACAAUCAUAAAGAAAACAACUCUGGUAAUAACCAAAAUACAUCGGUGAACACCACUGACAAACUGAAAUUCAAGUUAAACAAAUUAUGUUGGGAUGACAAAAUAAUUGCUAUUGUAGUAGAGCUUUCCGGAAAUGAAACCGGGUGCCUAAUUGACGUGAACGGCGAUAUUGUCAAUGGAUUAAAGUGUCUGAAUAAAGUUCCUCAUAUUACGGUAUGUAAAAUCGAUAGUAAUGUCAAGGCGGUUUAUUCGAACGUUUUAUGCGAGAAAGUCCAAUCCGGUGAAGCUCAAAAUGAAAAUGUAAAAGUUUUGAAAUUGAGCGAUGCAAAGGAAUUCGUUGGCGAUGUAUGUUUGAACUUUUAA